AUGGCAGCAUUGACUCUUCAUCACUCGUGUCUUCAAUCGUCUGGACAUCUUUCACGUCGUCUAUAUCUCCUAAAUUUCUCGAAUUUUCCACGAAAUCCGGUGAAAAAUCUCAUCUUUGGUCUAAAUCCUGCCGAGUCCUCGAGUUUUUCAUUGUCUACACGUGGCGUCGCGGUGGCUGUAAGAGCUUUGUGUACAGUCGCGGCGGAGGAUUCGCCGGAGAAGAAGAUGGUUAAAGGUAUCAGGGUUUACGAGCAUGGCGGUCCCGAGGUUCUGAAAUGGGAAGAUGUGGAAGUUGGGGAACCAAAGGAUGGUGAGAUACGGGUGAAGAACAAGGCGAUCGGGCUUAACUUCAUCGAUAUUUACUACAGGAAAGGUGUUUACAAGCCAGCUUCUAUGCCCUUCACACCAGGUAUGGAGGCUGUUGGAGAGGUGGUAGCUGUUGGGUCGGGAUUAACUGGCAGAAAGAUUGGUGAUCUCGUUGCUUAUGCUGGAAAUCCGAUGGGUGCGUACGCAGAAGAACAAAUCCUUUCAGCAGAUAAAGUGGUUCCCGUUCCAUCAUCUAUUGAUCCAAUCGUUGCAGCAUCAAUCAUGCUCAAGGGUAUGACUGCACAGUUUCUCCUUCGCCGUUGCUUCAAGGUCGAAAGUGGGCACACGAUCCUUGUUCAUGCUGCAGCUGGUGGUGUCGGGUCACUGUUGUGCCAAUGGGCUAAUGCGCUUGAAGCCACUGUCAUUGGAACUGUCUCGACCAAUGAGAAAGCGGCUCAAGCCAAAGAAGAUGGAUGCCACCAUGUUAUUAUGUACAAGAACGAGGAUUUUGUUUCUCGUGUCAACGACAUUACAUCUGGUAAAGGAGUCGAUGUUGUCUAUGACUCGGUGGGAAAAGACACCUUUAAGGGAUCAUUGGCAUGUUUAAAGACCCGGGGAUACAUGGUGAGCUUUGGACAAUCCUCUGGGUCUCCUGAUCCGAUUCCAUUAUCUGAUCUUGCUCCAAAGUCACUCUUCUUGACAAGACCUUCCUUGAUGCAAUACAACGAAACUCGAGACGAGCUCUUGGAAUGUGCAGGGGAGGUUCUCGCCAAUGUUGAUGCCGGCAUCAUAAGGGCCCGUGUGAAUCACAAGUACCCAUUGUCUCGAGUCGCUGAUGCUCACGCAGAUCUUGAGAAUCGGAUAACCUCUGGCUCCGUCGUGCUCUUGCCAUGA